AGCGCACCGUCCUAGAAGUAGAUCUCCAGUACCAUCAGGCCUUCAGGGACCCUAGCGGAGUCAGACGGCGAGGACUAUGAAAACAUGGCGCCACCCUACAGGGACCUGCCCCCCAAGCCAGGUUGGAUGGCUCCGCCAAGGCCUCCGCGGACAGGAAAGAAAACGAAGAACCCUCCUCUUCCUGGCAAGUCCCCAACGGUGGCAGCUUUGGACGUCCCACCUGUCACCCUCACGUCUCAUCAGCCGGGAGUUGAUCUGGAGCCUCCUCCAGUCCAGCCGUCACUGACCACCACUCCAGUGCCCUGGCUCCAUCAGAAGUCUGGGAGUUCUAGGUGUUACCAGGAGGAAAGGCUAAUGGUGUACCUGUGUCUGCUGCUGCUGGUGAUAUCACUGAUCCUGAGCUGCAUCAGUCUGAUUGUGACCCUGAUUAAGUACCAGGAGGUGGUGGAAAAGCUGAGGAUGUUCACCUUUCAGCAGACGGCGUGGCAGGUGAACGUGACUGGCAUGGCAGGGCUGGCCGGCCUGAAGAAGGACAUUGACCGCGUAAGAGCAGACACCAGCCAGUCCCUGGUGGAACUUCAGGGUUUAUUAGACUGCACCAGGCUAACCUGCCCUGAAGGUUGGCUUCCCUUUGAAGGCAAGUGCUACUACUUCUCUCUAAGCACCAAGUCGUGGGAUGAGGCCCGGAAGUUCUGCCAGGAGAACUACUCUCACUUGGUCAUCAUCAAUACCUUAGCUGAGCACAAUUUCGUGGCCAAGGCUCAUGGCUCUCCGCGGGUGUACUGGUUGGGGCUGAAUGACAAGGGCCGAGAAGGGGACUGGAGGUGGCUGGAUGGGUCUCCUGUCACGUUAAGUUUCUGGGCCCCACAGGAACCCAACAACAUCCUGGAAGAGGACUGUGCCAGCAUGAACAACGGUGGCACCUGGAACGAUCUCUCUUGUGCCAAAACGACGUAUUGGAUUUGCGAGCGGAAGUGUUCCUGUUGAACCCGGGGCGGAAGCUAGAGGUCCCUGAUCAAGCCUGCCUCCCUCCUGGGGAUGAGCGUUUCCUGCUGGUCCAUGGAAGGCUCUGCGUCUUCAUGAACUGACGUGGUGUGUUGAAGACGUGACUGGCAGCCUGGGUGUGGCCUGGAUGCAAGCCAGGCCUUCCCGUGCAAGCAGAGGGUGAGCUGGAGGAUGCUGGGGACUUGGUGGCAGGUGCUCUCCCAUUUCUGAGAUGUGGAGGACAUUCAUCAAUUUCCUGAUAAUGGCUCUUGAGAGGUGAUGCUGAGUCUGACAUUGAACCGGGGGGCUCUGAGUAUGAUGUUGAACCCUGGGAAGAACACCCUGGCUCCCCUGAACCAUACUGAGAUGGAACCAGGCUCCUUUACGGCCUACCUGACGCAGACCAGCCGCUGGGAAGCCGUUGGGCACAAUGAACCUCGACUGUCAACUUUCUCAAUGUCUUGGGUGUAUUUGCACAAACCAGGUGGCAGAAUCAGAUCUCUGACAAGACCUGGCCCACAGAACUUCUGGAAAGACAAGAGCACCUCUGCAGGGUGUAGCCGGGCCAUUCCACGGCUUGGUCGGUGAUGGCCAUGUCUGUCUCCAUAUGCCUGGGCUGUGUGUGGGCCUUUGAUGGUGUAAGAAUUCACGCACAUCUGUGUGGAUUUUCCUGGGCUAUUCACUCUUGCAAGGUUAGUGCUUCUCAAAACGCGACUGCAUGGUGUAGCCUUGCCCACGGUGUUAGUUUCUUGGGGUGGCAAUAACCAAAUACCAGAGACUGGGCAGCUUAAGCAACAGAAAGUUAUUUUCUUUCUGUUCUGGAGGUGAUAAGUCCAAGAUCAAGGUAUCAGUGAAGUUGGUUUCUUCUGAGGCCUCUCUCCUUGUCUUGACGAAAAUUGUUUUCUCCUCCUCCCUGUGACUUUGAUGGGUCUCCCCUCCGUGUGUGUCUAUGUCCCAAUUUCCUCUUCUUACAAGGACAUCAGUCAUAUUGCAUUAGGGUCCAUUUAAUGACCUCAUUUUACUUCAAUUGCUUCUUAGUUACCUUCUUAAUCUCCACAUACGAUCAUGUUCUGAGGAACUAGGAGUUAGGACUUCAACAUAUGUAUUGUUUUGGGAAGUAGAUUACCCAUCAGUACCGGAAGUACCCUUUGAUCACUAUGGCACCCAAAACACACCACUCUGAGGCUUGGUACUGUCCCCAUCAAGCAGUAACAGUUCCUCGACCUGGUAAUCCUUUUGGACAACACAUGGAUUUUAGUCAAGAGUGGGUAGACAGUCCUCAAAUGGAUCGAGUUCUUAGCCAGCGAGUGCACUUGCCUAGUAGCAGAGUCCUUCCUGUUUUGGCUGAGAGCAGGAGGUUAUGGAGAGGAGGCAGGGGAGUGGGGGAGGCUGAGCUUGCUCCACUUCCUGUCCCUCCAUUCUGGGCUCCCACCUCUAUAGCUGUCCCCACCCCACUGCCGGUCCAACCUACUCCCCACGCAGUUUCACAGCCUGCAGAGUGGGUGGGUGUCUGCUUCUAAGCCCUUACCCAGGGGACUGUGGGUCCCAGGGACUGUUUAUCUGGGGGUCAGGGGAAGUUCCGAAUCUCAGAAGAGGAAACUUGAGUUUCCUCCAAAAUAUGUAUUAAGAAAUGAAGAAGCGGGGGCGGGGGGCUGUGGUCACAUCUCUUGAGUCACUCCGAGGUGGGGGGUCCAUGGGGAGCUGGCCCUUCCACAUCUCACAACUGUCUAGUUGAAGACAGACGGGUAAAUGUAAGAGAGGUUUCCUUUUACCAUUUUGGGUCCAGAGGAGCAAAGAUUGGGUGCUUUUAGGUGGAUGAAAAUAAUAAUAGCCACAGUUUAUCAAGCAUGUAUUAUGUGCUGGAUUCCUGUAGUCAUGCUUAUUUAAGCUUCACGAUGACUGUGAGUUCAGGACAAUUACUGACCCUACAUUGUAGCAGGGAAAACUGAGCCCACAGGGGUCUUGUGGAACAUCCAUUGCCCGUCAGCGGGUAAUUGGCACAGUUGAUAUUUACCCAAUGGCUGGUUUCUUUUUGCAGCAUCUGCUGCUUUCAAAGGGACUGUUUGUGAACUUGAAUUAUCCUUGAGGACCCUGACCUUGUGGCUCUGAUCUCAGCUGGUUAUUUUGGGAAAUGAACAGCGUGAUGUGGUUGGAACCGACAUCGUGGGUUGGGAGAGGAGACUAGGGGUUGGAUUCUGGGUGAGGUGAUAGUUGUCUUUGUGGCUUUUCUGGGGUUGUUACAAAAAUGGUGAGGACCUGGGAGCCCACUUGUGAAGGUCUGGAGAAUCCUGAAUCUACUUUGAAGAUACAGCCUUUAGGAUAUAUGCUGAUGGAUUAGAUGUCAGGGGUCAGAGAGAGAGAAGAGGAAAGAAUGACUCCUAGGUUUUCAGUCCAAGCAACAGGAAAGAAGGACUUAUCAUUAUCAGUGAUGGGGAAGAGAAAAUGUUAGUGAACACCGUUUAAAUUUGGGUAGUUCAUGAACUUUUGCAGACAUUCUUAGAACUUCUCUUAUCCAGUAAGCAGGGGGUCAGGAAUGGAAAUGCGUGUGUGUGGGGAGGGGCUGGGAAUGGAAGCCAGGGUCUCUCACGGUGCUAGGCAAGUGCUCUAGCCCUGAGCCAUGUCCCCAGCCCAGGAAUGGAACCUCCUGUGUAGUGGAUGAGGUUCUGCCCUGUGGAUCUCCUUGAUCCUCACUUUUUCAGUGACUGCUAGUAGCUGGCAUCUGCCAUGAGAGUUACCUGAUUGGCCAUGUGGCCAGUAGGAAUUUUCAGGGUGGAAAAAUGCCCCCAGGAACCGAUUUCAACCACAGCCUGGACUUGGUGUACACAUGCCCCAGCUCCUGGCCUCUCAGGAGACUUGCCGAGAGCAUUCCUCCCGGGGGUGAGCUCUGCACUCUCUCCUGGGGGUGGCUGGUGGGAUUAAGCUCCAGUGGCUGCAGCAGCAGCAGCAGCUGGCUCAAACGCACACUGUCCAUCAGGCACGGCACCAGGCUCCUUUGCUUCUCUGCCUCAUUUCUUCACAACCUGCUGCUGUGUCCUGGCAUCACCUCCAAAUAAAGGACAGUUUGACCUGCAGUGGCUCCGCUGACCAUUCUGUCACCCUCCCCGCGGCCUGAGAGUGACGCACGCUCAGGGAGUUUGUACCCGAUGUGUUCCUGGGCGAGUCUCUUUCACGGUGCGGGCAGUGGGGCCGAUCUGCGGUGGGCCGCGUUGCUGGGCGGAGACGGUCCCCGCGCAGCGUUUUCCAGGCAGGGCCGACCGCUCGCGCUUGCCCUGAAUCCUCCCCUCUGACUUGGUUUCGCGGGGAACUGAGGCGAAGCUGGCGCCGCACCGCAGGCAGGGCAGAGGCGCUGGCCAGGGUCCCAGGGGUCCUUGGAGGUGGGACGGCCAUUGCUCAGGCUGGGCAAGUCCUGGGGCUCCGGGUGGAUUCGACGGCCCUCGCGGAGGAGAGGGCGCAUCAGGAAACCCCGAGGAGGAAAAGGGAUCAACAGAGUCACCUGCGCUCCAGCGGCCACACUGGGUAAGAGCGAGGAGCCCAGUGGGCUGAGCACCUGGAGGCCCUGGGGACCCCGAGCAGGCCGUUCUGUGGGGUGCCGGGGGUUAGAGGGCAGGCGAGGGGCGCGCGAUGU